AUGGAUGUUAAAUUGAGUUUAAUCCUUAUGCUAUCAUUGCCAUUAGUAACACCUAUACGUUGGCUUAUGCAUCCGAAUACUCAAAAAUGUUUACGCGAAGAACUCAGACAAAAUGUAUUAGUCAAAGGUGAUUAUGAGAUUGCACCAAUUGAUGGUCAAUUUAUGGAUUAUAUUGUGAGGGAUUCUAAAGGACACAUCUUAGCUAAUAAACAAGACAUUACUAAAGGAAAGUUUACGUUUAGUACUGAAAAUUAUGAUAUGUUUGAAAUUUGCUUUACCUCCCGUGUACCUGGGUAUCAACGAGGAGUUUUGCAGGAGGUUGCAUUAAAUAUUAAAACUGGUGUUGAGGCAAAAACAUAUGAAGGAAUUGGAGAGGUGGCUAAAUUGAAACCUUUGGAAUUGGAUCUGAAAAUGUUGGAAGAUUUAUCAUCGUCUAUUGUUCAAGAUUUUUCUGACAUGAAGCACCGUGCCGAAGAAAUGCGUAAUACAAAUGAAUCAACAAGCAGAAGAGUUCAUUGGUUUAGUAUGUUUAGUAUUAUUUGUUUAUUUGGAUUGAGUGUAUGGCAGAUCUUGUACUUAAGGAGAUAUUUUAAAGCUAAAAAACUCAUUGAGUAA